UCUCCACAGACAAGAGAGAAGAACUGAUUUCAACAGGACUCCAAACUAGAAAACCUCAAGAAAAACUUUUUUUAAAACUUUUUUUGUUUGUAAUAUUUUUACAUUCUGAACAGCCGGGCUCUGAUUCAACAUUUUUAACCGCUUUGGAACUUGAUUUUCUGCUCAUUAAAGUGCACAUUUCCACUUUUUUUUCUUACAUCAGACACUUUUUUAAUCUGUCGCAAUGUUUCCAGACGCAAACAAAGGCUACAGCUACGAGGACUGCAAGGCCACGGCCGACUGGCUGCUGGCGCAGACAGACGUGCGGCCCACGGUGGGCAUCGUGUGCGGCUCUGGGCUCGGAGGGCUGGCCGACAUGUUGAAGGAUCAGAUGGGCUUCAACUACAAGGACAUCCCCAACUUCCCACAGAGCACUGUGCACGGACAUGCCGGUCGACUGGUGUUCGGCACCUUAAAGGGGAGGCCAUGCGUUUGCAUGCAGGGGCGCUUCCACUUGUACGAGGGCUACCCAGUCCAGAAGAUUACGCUGCCCAUACGCAUCUUCAAGCUGCUCGGUGUGGAGACGGUGAUGCUGACAAAUGCCGCCGGAGGCCUCAACCAGGAUUUUAAAGUGGGAGACAUCAUGAUCAUCAAAGACCACCUCAACAUGCCGGGCUUCGCUGGCAACAAUCCACUGCAUGGGCCCAACGAUGAGAGGUUCGGCGUGCGUUUCCCCUGCAUGUCCGACGCCUACGACAGAGAGCUGCAGCAGAUGGCCAUGGAUGUUGGGCAGGAGCUCGGCUACGGCGACUUCCUGAAGGAGGGCGUCUACUGCGUGCUGGGCGGACCCUCGUUCGAGACCAUUGCCGAGUGCCGCAUGCUGCAGAAACUGGGCGCUGAUGCUGUCGGCAUGAGCACAGUCCACGAGGUGAUCAUCGCGCGUCACUGCGGCAUGCGUGUCUUCGCCCUGUCGUUAAUCACCAACCAGGCGGUGUCGGAUUACGACAGCGAGGAGAAAGCCAACCACGAGGAGGUCCUUCAUGCGGGCAAGCAGCGAGCGGAGCAGCUGGAGCGGCUGGUUUCCGCAAUGGUAAUCAAGAUCGAGCACAACAACAACUACGCCUAAGAGACGCCGUGCUAGACAGAUGAUAGAUUUUAGUUGUAUGACUGAUGGAGACUUUAAGUGGUUUUUAUUUAAUGCUACUGUGCCAAAGAAAAUCACACUUAGUUUAUUAUUUAGGUGAGCAGUUGGGCUGUUUCUAGUAUUAGGUCAAAAGAUGAUAAUACAGUAGUCCUCUGAAGAAUCUCACUGCCACUGUGCCUCAUCUGACGUCUUAAAUUCCUCUACCGAACGGCUCCGGACAAUUUUAUUUUGUAUCAUUUUAAACGAGACGUAUUUGUUCUAACUUAAACCAUAUGAUCAGCUUUUAUAAAUGUCUGUAAUUUAACUUAACAAUGAGCAAGAAAUCUGCUGUAAAGAUCGUAAUAUUAUGAUGUUGUUGAAAUGUGUACAUUAGUGGACUUAAGGUAUUUUACUGUGCGUGUUUUUUUUCAUAUGAAUGUUGUUACUAAAGGUAUUAUUUAUUAUUAUA